AUGCAUCAGUUCUCCGACGAUACUCAAGAGUACCUAAGCUUUCCAAUUCUGCCUGACUUUCUUGGCCAAGUGAAUGCUCUUACUGUCCUGGCCAACUGUGCUUCGUCCACGACUGACUGGUUCAAAAGGAAUAAAGUAAAGCCUAACUCAAGUAAGAACCUUCUUCUCUACACAUCUUCUCCUCACGCUGCGACCAAGAUAGCGCCUAUUCCUCUCGUCCUCGGUGACACCGUCAUCCCGCUGUCCGACUCAGUUAAAAACCUGGGUGUUAUUCUUGAUAGCUCCCUCUCCAUGGUGGCCCAAAUUGGUCGGGUGUGCAAGAUCGGCUUCUUCCAACUACGGACGAUUGGCAAAAUUUUGAAGUUCCUGACCACCUCAGCUGCGAAAUGCCUUGUUAAUGCAUUGGUUUUAUCGCAUGUCGACUAUGCCAACUCCCUGCUCGUCAAUCUACCAGAGAAGCUGAUCGCCCGUCUUCAACGACUACAGAAUGCUGCUGCUAAACUGGUUGUCGGCGCCCGCAAAUUCGACCAUGCUAAGCUGAUAAUCAGUCGCCUACGCUGGUUGCCUAUUACAUUAAGAGUCAAUUUCAAGCUGUGUGUCCUUACUUUCCGUUGCCUGAAUGGUCUGGCCCCUGCCUAUCUCUCUCGACGCAUCGAACGUUCCAUACCGACCAGAAACCUCCGUUCAUCUACAUCGGGUAGGCUAGUUCAACCCCCUGCUAGAACAACGUAUGGUUCUCGUACAUUCUCUCAUGCUGCACCAGUUCUCUGGAACGGAUUGCCCCAGGACAUCAAGAUUUCCACCGAUCUCAGAACUUUUAAAUUUAGACUCAGAAAACAUUUACUCGAUGUCGCGCUCAAUGCAUAA